GUCAAAUCCGAGGACGGCUGUGAAACCGUCAACAUCGCCUCGCAUUUCAACGUAGGUCUGCAUUGACCAUCAGCCAAUCCUCAUUGAGCUAAAACAAACAUCAGGCUUCAUCAUUUCAUCUUUCUUUUCACUCUGUGAGGAGCUGGAGAAAUAUCCCUUCUGAAAUAGGCUGGAAAAAAUAAAAAUAAACAACCUAAAGAAAGAAUGAGUCAUCAGUCCACCACUUCACAUCUAUCCCAAUAACUAUCUACCUGCACUUGGGCUAUCCUCGUCCAAUCUGCCCUCCACCUCACACUCUCACACUCAUACGCACUCUGCCAGUGACCCCACUGCGGCUCCUGCAGGCUGGGUACGGAGCUGGUCUGGCCGCGUGCCCCUCCAGCUCUGCGUGUUAGUGUGAGAUGGCGCGGCAGGAAGCAGAGGGUCGCUGCCGCUGUGGACUGUAAUGUCAGAGCCCAGUAGCCCCGGCGAGAGCCAGUGCGGCGCUCCCAGAUUCUUCGUGGGCUGCGCAGAGGAUGAGAGCGAGGGCCUGGACGACUAUGCCAGCAUGAGGACAGAUAUGGAGCUGUACGAACAUGACCUGGAGGAUGACUCGCCUCCAGAGCGUCAGAUCGUGAUGGGGAUUUGCUGUAUGAUGAAGAAAUCGAAGUCCAAACCCAUGACUCAGAUCUUGGACCGUCUUUGUAAGUUUGAGUACAUUACCGUGGUAAUCUUUCCAGAGGACGUCAUACUUAAUGAGCCAGUGGAAAAGUGGCCACUCUGUGACUGCCUGAUCUCCUUUCACUCUAAAGGUUUCCCACUGGACAAGGCAGUGAGUUAUGCAAAGCUCCGUAACCCGCUGCUCCUCAAUGACCUUAAUAUGCAGUAUUACAUACAGGACAGGAGGGAGGUAUAUCGUAUCCUGCAAGAGGAAGGGAUUGAUCUGCCACGUUAUGCGGUGUUAAAUCGCGACCCUGACAAGCCUGAAGAGUGCAACCUGAUUGAGGGAGAAGACCAAGUUGAAGUUAACGGUGAAGUGUUCCUCAAACCCUUCGUAGAGAAGCCAGUUUCUGCAGAGGACCAUAAUGUGUACAUCUACUACCCCACCUCAGCUGGAGGAGGCAGCCAACGCCUCUUCAGAAAGAUUGGGAGCAGAAGUAGUGUUUACUCUCCAGAGAGUAGCGUGAGGAAAACAGGCUCAUAUAUUUAUGAAGAGUUCAUGCCAACCGAUGGGACAGAUGUGAAGGUGUAUACAGUUGGGCCAGAUUAUGCUCAUGCAGAGGCACGCAAGUCCCCUGCUCUGGAUGGGAAAGUUGAGCGAGACAGUGAAGGCAAAGAAAUUCGUUACCCGGUCAUGCUCACUGCCAUGGAGAAACUUGUGGCCCGCAAAGUCUGUCUGGCAUUCAAGCAAACAGUGUGUGGAUUUGACCUUCUCCGAGCCAAUGGCCACUCGUAUGUCUGCGAUGUCAACGGCUUUAGCUUUGUGAAGAAUUCCAUGAAAUACUAUGAUGACUGUGCCAAGAUUCUAGGAAAUAUUGUGAUGAGGGAGCUGGCUCCUCAGUUCCAUAUUCCCUGGUCCAUACCUACAGAAGCAGAGGACAUUCCUAUUGUCCCCACUACAUCAGGCACCAUGAUGGAGCUGCGCUGUGUAAUUGCUGUGAUCCGUCAUGGAGAUCGCACACCAAAACAGAAGAUGAAGAUGGAAGUGCGGAAUCCCAUGUUUUUUGAGCUUUUUGAAAAAUACGGUGGGUACAAAACGGGCAAACUGAAGCUGAAGAAACCCAAACAACUGCAGUCCAUAUGUGUUGUGCCAACCCCACAGGAAGUAUUGGACAUUACCAGGACACUCCUGGCAGACAUGGGACAGCAUACUGACUGUGAGAUUGAAGAAAAGAAGUCCAAACUUGAACAACUGAAGACUGUUUUAGAAAUGUAUGGCCAUUUCUCUGGAAUCAAUAGGAAAGUUCAGCUAACCUACCUUCCUCAUGGACAGCCCAAAACAUCCAGUGAGGAGGAAGAGACCCUUAAGGAGAGCCCCUCUAUACUUCUGGUGCUGAAGUGGGGUGGAGAACUGACUCCAGCCGGAAGAGUUCAGGCUGAAGAACUUGGCAGAGCCUUCCGCUGCAUGUAUCCUGGAGGUCAAGGGGAUUACGCUGGCUUUCCAGGCUGCGGCCUUCUCAGACUACACAGCACUUACCGGCAUGACCUCAAGAUCUACGCCUCUGAUGAGGGCAGGGUGCAAAUGACUGCUGCUGCCUUUGCUAAGGGUCUCUUGGCACUGGAAGGGGAACUGACACCCAUCCUGGUCCAGAUGGUGAAGAGUGCAAAUAUGAAUGGCCUGCUGGAUAAUGACAUUGAAUCCCUCAGUGGCUGCCAGCAAAGGGUUAAGGCCAGACUGCAUGAGAUCAUGCAGAAAGAUGAAGCCUUCACAGAGGAAGACUUUGACAGGCUGGCUCCAACAUGCAGCAGUUCACUGGUGAACUCUAUGAAGGUCGUGGAGAAUCCAGUGAGCACGUGUGAUAAUGUUUACACCCUCAUCCAGAGCCUCACUUCACAGAUCCGCAAAAGACUUGAAGACCCCAAAUCAGCAGACUUACAGCUGUACCACAGCGAGACACUGGAGAUGAUGUUGCAGCGCUGGUCUAAAUUGGAAAGGGACUUCCGCAUGAAGAGUGGUCGGUAUGACAUCAGCAAGAUUCCUGACAUUUACGACUGUGUCAAGUAUGACGUGCAGCACAACAGCUCUCUUGGCUUGGAGGACACGGUGGAACUCUUCAAGCUGUCUCGAGCACUAGCCGACAUUGUUAUACCACAGGAGUACGGCAUAAAUAAGGUGGAGAAGCUGGACAUUGCAUAUGCCUACUGUCUGCCUUUAGUGAAGAAGAUUCAGCUGGACUUACAGAGAACACAUGAGGACGAGUCUGUAAACAAGCUGCAUCCACUAUAUUCACGUGGAGUCCUGUCACCAGGCAGGCAUGUCCGAACCCGCCUAUAUUUCACGAGUGAGAGUCAUGUCCACUCCCUUCUUAGCAUCUUCCGUUAUGGUGGCCUGUUGGAUGAGGAGAAAGACCAACAGUGGAAGAGAGCCAUGGAUUAUCUGGGUGCAGUGUCUGAGCUCAACUACAUGACCCAGAUAGUCAUUAUGCUCUAUGAAGAUAACAAUAAGAACCCAUCCUCUGAAGAACGCUUCCAUGUGGAACUGCAUUUCAGCCCUGGUGUUAAAGUAUCUGAGGAGGAGAGUGCUCCAAUGGGCUUUGGCUUCCGACCAGCCUCUGCUGAAAAUGAUCAGAAGCAAACAGACCCUGGUAGUUUGGAGAACCUCGCACGAGAUGAACCUGAUCGGGCCUUGCCCCUGUCUGAGACCAUUAGCACCCAGAGGAAAUCCCCUCUGAUCCGGAAUCACAAGACUGGCUCCAUGGAGGUCCUGUCAGAAAGCUCAUCCUCUAAAGGGGGCAGCUACCGCCUCUUCCCCUCCUGCUCACGCCAGUCUCCAGAGAUGAAGCAGAGUGGAUUAGGCUCACAGUGCGCUGGUCUCUUCAGCACCACCGUUCUAGGGGGCUCCUCUAGUGCCCCCAACCUUCAGGACUACGCACGCACACAUCGCAAAAAAUUCUCCUCUGGCAGUUUGACCUAUAAAGACGAAUUGUUGUCUAUGCCGGCAGUAAAGCGAUUUUCUGUGUCGUUUGCAAAGCAUCCGACUAAUGGCACACAGGAUGAUACUUCUGCCAUGGUGGUUAAACCAUUUCUGUGGUGGUCUGGCUCAGAGCCCCUGGAGGAGCACCAUGUAGCCCAGCUGCUGAGGCGUUUUUCCACCGACCCCAAUAUUGGCCACCCGUUCUCAUUGGACAGUGCUUUUGCCCACCACCUCCAUCAGUGCUCCUACCAUCUCCGCCUCUUCCGCAACUGGUUAAUCUCCGGCCAGGACCCACUAGAAUAUCUUUACGGUUUUGAAGGCUGCUCCAUGGUGCCCUCUAUCUACCCUCUCGAGACCCUCCACAACUCCCUCUCGCUCAAACAGGUGAAUGAGUUCCUGACAGGUGUGUGUGAGAGUGCAGGAGAUUCCCACACCAGGACAACCAGAGCACUCUCAGCCAUGUUUGAUUCCCAAAACCAGCCGUCAGUGGACUCUUACAUCCCUCAAAGAGUGCUGUCCUCCUCUGUUUCAAUGCGGCAGCGUUCUGACCGCCCACCCUGGUACAGCAGUGGUCCCUCCAGUACUGUGUCGAGCGCCGGUCCCUCGUCUCCCACCACGGCUGACACCUCCCCACGCUUCAGCUUUAGUGAGAAGAUCACCCUCACCCCCCAGAGCAGCGAGGAGAUCCAUCUAGCUCCACACAACGCCAGCCAAGCUGCUUCCUCCACCUCUGUACUCGGCAACACUGAAACCAGCUUCUCCUCUGAGGACACACAUCCUUCAAUACCAUCUCCCAUUCAGGAGAGAUCCAGUGAAAUACCAGUGGACAGCACAGAUUCUGUAGACCAGUGUCUGACAGAUAGCCCCUGUUCUGAUGAGGCCCAUGAAGCAUUAAGUCUGACCCUUGCUGAGCCCAGGCCUUCCUGCUCACGCUUGGCCGACAGUCCGCCAAGGGAGUCCUUCUGUGGGCUGCCCGGCUCCCUGCCUGUGCUCCUUGAGCUCCGAGAGAGCAGCUCAGAGGCCGGAUCCAGCGCCCAGACUCCCCUCACCCCUGAAGAGCCAGAAGAGUUCUUCGAUACCCACGAAACGGUUGAGGUGUGGAUGGGGAGCCCAGGGAACCUGCCCCACUCUGGGAUUCCACUGGAGGUGGGAGCUCCACAUGUGCCUGAGCCUUGAAGGAAAUGGGACGGGUCAGCUUCCUCAUACAUGCAGCACUGCAGUCAACCAUGCGUCCUGGUGUUCAACCAUGCUCUCGCUGUAGUGCCUCAGAGACCUUCGUUAAGCCUCAGUCCAGUCCACAAUUGGGACAUUUGCUGACAUAAUUGUAGGCAAUAGUGAAGUGGCCAGUGAUUAAACAUAAGCUGUUCGAUGCACUGAAAAUCCAAUGUUUUUAUGUAAACAUAUUACUUAAUCUUACUUCUCACUUUCUCCAGAAGACCAUUUUUAUUCAUUGGCUGGUCUGAAAGAUAUUUUUAUAAGGGACUUCUUGUUUGAUACAAGUUUAUGUUUGGUGAAGUACUUUGACCGCAAUUGGCAAGCUAAACUUGAAUAAUUAACUGAUACAGCUAAAGGUAUAUUAAAUAAAUGCUAACAGUUUUAUUACUAUUUGCCAAAGCCUGCUAUACCACUGUCAUAAUUUAUUAAAUCAUUAUAAAAUACAUACAUAUGUAUAUAUAUAUAUAUAUAUAUAUAUAUAUAUACGUAUGUAGUAUAGAUAUUUAUUUACUAAUAAGCAGCUUACGUUUAACAAUGAGGCAGCAAAUGAAUAGUCUCUUUUUUUUUUUUUUUUUUUUUUAACAUUUUUUUGUUUUUAUAUUUGUAAAACCUACAGUCCUAUCAGUUUAUAAUAGUCCUUAUGUUAUCAUUAAGUUCAUUUCAAGUACAUUGCUCUCCUGAUUUGUAGUGUUCACCUCUGUGAAGUACUAAUUUUGUACUGUGAUCCUCCCUGUUUGAUCAGAUGAAGAGAGUACAGAGAUUAACAUGACAUGAAAAGAUUUAGUUCUCUUUCUGUCAAUUUCAAUGUGCAGUAAAAAAGAGAAACAAUGUUAUUAAAUAUCAAUAUUGGUCAGAGAAAUAUGCUGUUUUUCAUAAGCAUACAUCUUUUUUUGUCCAGGAUAAAUCCAAAAUAAUUUUUGACCUUUAGGUAAACCUUGGAUUGUGGACAUGGCUGUUUACUGGACUCUCACUGAUCUAAGACCAGCUUCUUGUCAUUUUGUCCUGAAUUUCAAAUGUAAAACCUCUAGAAUCUAGAGAUGAGCACUUAAUUUCCACCUUCUGUGAAUUAUUCCACUAAAUUAUUGAAUUGACUGAGAACUGAAUGAUUUGUGAUAACUGACAUUUUAAAGCAUUUGCCUCUGAUAGAUUCUCAACUCCAAGUUGUUGUACUGUUUGGUGCUCUGUAUGCAGUCUGCUCAGUAGUAUUAAAUGGCACUUUAAUUUACAGUGUUUGAAAUAAAAAUGACUUUGUCCACAG